UUUGCCGGUGCCGCUGUUGUAAACAAAAAGUGAGAGACAGACGCUUCACUGAAUUUCGGGUCAUUUUUAUUUCUUUAAUUUACAAUGUCUUUGGGAAUGUCUUACAAACCAAACGUCCAUCAGCACAUUCCGGGAACUUCUGGGAACCAGGCUGGAAAUCUCCCGUCUCCCUCGGCAGCUAACCUGGCCACGUUGCAGUCCUACAGGCCCCUUCUGAGCGACUACGGGCCUCCAUCUCUGGGAUUCUCACAGGGCUCAACUGGCAGCCAAGUGCCUCAGAAUAAAUAUGCAGAGCUGCUCGCCAUCAUCGAGGAGCUUGGAAAAGAAAUCAGGCCCACGUACGCUGGAAGCAAGAGCGCAAUGGAGAGACUCAAAAGAGGGAUAAUUCAUGCCAGGGGAUUGGUGCGUGAAUGCUUGGCUGAGACGGAGAGAAACGCCAGGUCCUAGCCUUAAACACACAUUCCUCCCUGCAAGAAGAUCUACGUUUCAUAAAAAAAAUAAAACAAAAUAAAAUAACUUGCAUGGCAUUUCCUUUUGCGAGGAGGAAGUAAAUAAACAAAAGAUGGAAAAGCAAGCUCCUAGAGACUAAAAAAAAAAAAAAGAAAGAAAAUACAGCAACACAAUUCAUAACUCCUGAGGGCUCUUCAAUCAUGUCUGGGUUAUUGUGAAUCAAAUGCAAGGGUAUCGUGUUUUUAAGCCCCACUUUUGGGAUCUUAGUUUUGACUUCAUAUUUAAAACAUUGGUUUUUGCAUGCGAACGGGCCCACAGGUUAAUCGUAGACACUGCAUGGCUUGUACAGAUGUAGUUGAGAAGAUUUUCUUCUUUUUUUCCCCCCGUUUUCUUUUUUUUUUAUAGUAUUUGGUCUGUUUGUCAGACCCCUAAAACACAUGACUGAGUGAGUGAGGGACAGAUGUGCCAAAUGUAUCGGUUCAUCCAUGUUGAUUUGGUUUUGGUAUUAAUUAAAAAAAAGGAAAAAAUAAAAAAAAAAGGAAAAUGCUGUUACUUGCAUCUUUGUAUGUAUUUAUUACUCAGUGUAAUAAAUUGUAUUUUCAA